AUGCAAUCAACUGUGCUUAAGGCUGAAAAUGCCUUCUCAGCUGCGAAGUCUACUGAUACAUCUGCCCAGAAUCGGUAUUCCGGGGGAGAACUGUCCGAGGGCAUUUCGGAGAAGCAGAAAACAGAAGUCGAGGGCAACUCUUCACUGUCAAUGAUGAGGUUGGAUAAGCUCAACCACAGCGAACCUGUUCUAUCUGCGUCUGGAAAUACUGCUAGUCCCGACGCUCCUAGUGAAGUGACCCCAGCGGCCAGAAAGGGCGAGCAAGAGGAAAUGCAGGAGUACGAAAAAGAGAACGAAGACACGAUGGCAGUUUCAUCGGACGAAGGCGCAGUAUCCUCCACUGAGAAACGAACCUCAUCGGACGCCAAAACGGACAAGAAAAAGAUGAAGCGAUUCCGUCUGACACACAACCAAACUCGAUUUUUGAUGAGCGAGUUUACUCGCCAAGCACACCCUGACGCUGCACACCGAGAACGCUUAUCGAGAGAAAUUCCUGGGCUUACACCCCGUCAAGUGCAGGUCUGGUUUCAGAACAGGCGCGCCAAGCUUAAAAGGCUGACUAGCAAUGAUCGCGAAAGAAUGUUGAAGUCUCGGGCAUUGCCUGAUGAUUUUGACACUACCCAGGUGUUGCGGACGCCUUUUGACGGCAGGCCAUCUGAGACGCCGAUGUUGCUCACGGAUGGACUCCAGCGAAUAAAUGACGACGACUAUGUGAUCUCUCCUCUAAGCUCGACAUCAACAACAGGGAAUGGGUUCUCUUCGGCUGCCCCCGAUAGGAAUCUGGAGAGCUACCCACCACCUGGUCCAAUUACAAGUCGGGGUCCCCCAGCGCCUAUUUCUGAAUUGCAACGAAACUCUCGUGGCCCUUUCCCAUUUCCAAGAUCGAGCAGUUUCUCGGAGCCUUCAUAUAACACUGGGCUACACUUUCCCGGUCGCUUUUCAAGAUCAGGUGAGCCGCUCGGUCACCCUUGUCUGCCGUACGCACGGCGCCCAACCGAUUUUGGAAUCAGUCGCCCCCCGAAUGGUAUGAUCCUUGGUUAUGAUCACCAUCGGCAGCUAGAAGGCUCCGUAUCCCCAAAUGGACCACCGGACCAUUCUGUACCGUACAGUGUGGAUAGCCACAAUCAGCAAGCGCACAGCUAUCAACAGCCACAUACGAUGCCUGCCCCCAAAGGAAUUGGUGGCCUUGAAAUGACCUCGCAGAUACAAUCCCAUGGCCGGCACAUGCCUACGAUACAAUCUAUACCGGUUUCGGAAUCCUCAGAUUAUCGACCUUAUUCGUACGACCACCAUCCUUACAGCCUAAGCGCGACCAUGCCGUUUACUCAAGCCAAUGCUUCUAGUAUGAGUUUGCCCGCUUCGUUUCCUUCUGAAACAAGUAGCAUCAACCAUGGGACAGUUGGUAGCUCGCCAGAAGACCGAAUGCCCAAUCCUCCACAAGUCUUGGAUCCGUUGAGGGCCAAAUUUGGAAAUCAGCCUUUCGAUUAUACCAAUUACUUAUAA